CUCAGUGAUCCAAUACAAAGCGAGGAAGGCAGGAAGGGAAGGGAGGACACCCAAAAUGACGAGGAGAGAGAACCCAGACGUCCACGACAACAUCCCCACCACCACCCCCGCCGCCGCCGCCACUGCUCCCUCGGCCGCCAAGCAGCCGGCUCCUGUCGCCAAGGGCCACGACGGCCACUCUGUCCUGAAGAGAUUGCAGUCGGAGCUCAUGUCCUUGAUGAUGUGUGGGGAUCCGGGGAUAUCAGCCUUUCCGGAGGGAGACAACAUCUUUUGUUGGAAAGGGACCAUUCAUGGCAGCAAAGAGACAGCGUACGAAGGCAUGGUCUACAAGCUCUCCUUCGCCUUCCCCACUGACUACCCGAUGAAGCCUCCAAAGGUGAAGUUUGAGACCGCCUGCUUCCAUCCCAACGUCGACGUCUAUGGCAACAUCUGCUUGGACAUUCUUCAGGAUAAAUGGUCAUCUGCGUAUGACGUGAGAACCAUUCUGCUGUCAAUCCAGAGCCUUUUGGGAGAACCCAACAAUGAGUCGCCUCUCAACACCCAAGCAGCAGCACUUUGGGUGAAUCAAGAGGAGUUCAGGAAGAUGGUGGAGAAGCUGUGCAAGCCAACCUAGUUCAUGCAAUUCUUGCAACUAUGUAUCAGUAGUCCCACGUUGGGGAGAGGACAGAGCACUCAUGUUCCAUUCAUUCAUUGUUUCACCUCUCUCUCUCUCUCUCUCUCUCUCUCUCAUUACAGCAAAAUAGUGGAACAUUCACUUGAUUUAAAUGAAUUUGUUUAUCAUAUUUUGUCA